CCGGAGUCCUGCAGAAUUUCAAAAGCAGUUAUCAAGUUUCGUAAAAGAUGAUUAGCGAAGACAAUAACCGAGACGCUGAAGUGUCGGGAGCUGUGGAUACAAACAUCCCUGAAAAUGAACAGCAGGUGACAACUGAGAUAACUGAGAGUAAGGAAACCAAAUCCCCUGUUCAAAAGAGCAGAGGAGGAUGGACCCUUGCAACUAUCUUGCUAGCGAAUCAAGGCCUAGCAACACUAGCUUUCUUUGGUGUUGGUGUGAACCUGGUUUUGUUUCUAAUCAGAGUUCUUGAUCAACAAAAUGCCGCGGCGGCAAAUAAUGUCAGCAAGUGGACUGGAACUGUUUAUUUGUUCUCUCUUGUUGGAGCAUUCCUCAGUGACUCCUAUUGGGGUCGUUUCUUAACUUGCGCAAUCUUUCAGCUCAUCCUUGUGCUGGGCUUGGGGCUAUUAUCACUGUCAUCUUGGCUCUACCUGAUCCACCCGUCUGGUUGUGGUGACGGAGUAACUCCUUGCAAGCCAAAAUCCACAGUGGGUGUUGUUAUGUUUUACCUAUCAAUAUAUCUAAUAGCACUUGGAUACGGUGGGCACCAACCUACUAUAGCAACAUUUGGAGCAGACCAAUUUGAUGAGACAAAUCCCAAACAACAGUCUUCAAAAGCAGCUUUCUUCUGCUAUUUCUACUUUGCACUCAAUGUUGGGUCUCUUUUCUCCAACAGCAUCUUGGUUUAUUAUGAGGAUAAAGGGUUCUGGACUAUGGGGUUUCUGGUGUCAUUAGGAUCUGCUAUCGUUGGCCUGGUGUCGUAUUUGUUAGCAGCACCAAGGUACCGGUACAUAAAACCGAGUGGCAACCCUUUGCCACGUGUAGCUCAGGUAUUUGUGGCUGCAUUUAGAAAAUGGAAGGUUGUUCCAGCCAGCCCUGAGAAUCUGUAUGAGGUGGAAGGAUCAGAAUCUGCAAUCAAAGGGAGUAGAAAGAUUCUCCACAGUAAAGAGAUUGAGUUUUUGGACAAGGCAGCAACAAUAACAGAGAUGGAUCAAAGUGGCCACAAUAAUCCAUGGAGGGUGUGCACUGUAACUCAAGUUGAGGAAGCCAAAUGCGUUCUGAAAAUGCUCCCCAUUUGGCUUUGCACCAUAAUUUACUCAGUGGUGUUCACACAAAUGGCUUCACUUUUUGUGGAGCAAGGUGAUGUGAUGGAAUCACACAUUGGAAAUUUUCACUUCCCAGCUGCUAGCAUGUCUCUUUUUGACAUAUUCAGUGUUCUUAUCUGCACCGGGAUUUAUCGCCAUAUCGUUGUGCCUGUAUCUGGAAGAUUAAGUGGGAAUCCAAAAGGCUUAUCCGAGCUUCAAAGAAUGGGAAUAGGGCUCAUUAUUGGCUUGCUAUCAAUGGUUGCAGCUGGUGCCACAGAGGUGGCAAGGCUCAAACAUGUGCAGCCUGGUCAGAAGGUAAGCUCACUUAGCAUAUUUUGGCAAAUUCCACAAUAUGUCCUUGUUGGUGCUUCAGAAAUUUUUAUGUAUGUUGGUCAACUUGAGUUCUUCAAUGGACAAGCCCCAGAUGGAAUCAAAAGCCUUGGAAGUUCACUCUGCAUGGCCUCCAUAUCUCUUGGUAAUUAUGUUAGCAGCUUGCUGGUUACCAUCGUGAUGAUGAUUACAGCUAGAGGUGAAAACCCUGGUUGGAUCCCAAAUAAUCUGAAUGAGGGUCACUUGGACAGAUUCUACUUCCUAAUUGCAAUUCUAACAGCUUUGGACUUUGUAGUUUAUGUGUUUUGUGCUAAGAGGUACAAGGGCAUUAACCUCCAAGGCCCUGAGCUGGAAAUGGAGAGCAUUGAAAGUCCACAAGAGGAGGUGGGGAUCAACAGAGUUUAGGCCUUUAAUUUUAUGUUUCUUUGUAGGCAGUCUUUCCCUCUGUUUUGUUUUGUUUUUUUUUAAAUUUUUAUGUAAGCAUGAGUUUUAGAAUAAUGGUAGUGCAAGAAAGAAGAGAGGAUGACCUCUGCUUUCUCUCAAAUGCCUUUCUGGGUAUGUUCUGAUAUGACUGGAAAACAACUUGGUUUAUCUUUCUGAAUGGUUACUUUCUUGGUAUGUUCUUCUGUUAAUGAUUACCUGUGACAUGAUUGGAUUGGAAAACAACUUGGUUUAUCUUUCAGAAUGGUUAAAGCC